AUGUCGUUUAACGUCUCGAAUACCUAUGGAGCAGUAACAAUCGGCGCGCUCUCAGCCUCUCUACUUUCUGGCGCAGUAGCCAUCCAAACGAUUCUUUACUACAAGCUGUAUCCAUCUGAUUUGAUUAGAGUUAAAACCCUCGUAUUCGCUAUAUGGCUGCUCGAUACCUGCCACACCUGCUUCGUCUGGGUAUCUCUAUGGAACAUGCUUAUCAGCGACUAUGGUAGUAUCGAUAUCAUACCUUGGAGCAUCGGGGUGACCAUCGUCAUUACGGCUGUGUUGACGUUUUUAGUGCACUGCUUCUUCGCCCAUAGGAUAUUCAUGCUUAGCAAGCGAAAUUGGCUCCUUACAUGCCCCAUUCUGAUCCUGGCGGCAUUCCGUCUCGCUUCUGCUUGUGUCACGACAUCUGAAAUGAUACGCUUAAAAACGUACCCUGCAUUCAAACAGGACUUCCGAUGGGUAUUCACACUCGGUCUGGCGCUAUCGUCAGCGGUCGACAUGCUAAUCACCGGGUCUCUCUUCGGUCUACUACAUAAAAGUCGCUCGGAGGCCGAGAAGUACGAAAUCCCUUCCAUUCUUGUCCCACCAUCUAAUUCCGAGCGACCUAGCCUUAAUGCCGUCAUCGAUUCUCUGAUCCUGUACACCUUCGAGACCGGGUCUUUGACAUGCGCGGCAACUAUCAUUGACAUGAUUUGUUGGAUCACGAUGUCAUCAAACUUAAUAUUCAUGGGAUUGCAUUUUGUCAUUAGCAAAUUAUACGCCAAUUCAUUAUUGGUAACGUUAAAUACACGUCGUGGUCUACGUAGAGGACAGUGGUCUUCGUCUGGUCGCACCGGGAGUGCGAUAAUUUUGGAUAGUCGUCGACCCCGCGAUCGAGUAGUGACUGACCCGGAGUCGGCUAAACGAGCAGAGCUUCAAAUUAAUGUGGAGCGGAGCAUCCACUAUUCAACAGAUUAUUAA